ACCCUCGUUAGAAUUCCUAUGCAUUUUGCGUGAGACAGAGUUGGAUAAUGAGAACAAUAACAAUUUGUCAGGCACUAGGACCUGGGGCAUGUCCUUCCCAGAGGAGGCACUCAGACAGAGACUCCUUACUCUAACUUUCACAGCAAUCUGUUUCUCAGCCUCUACAUAUCUGAGUGGCACUAGAUGACAGAAGGAUUUGGUUUUCCUGAUCUGGAAUUUGGGAUUAAGUGACAGAAUAAAGUUUGGAAUUUGCGAACUUCAGAACACUGGAAUGUCAACAGCUUUCAUACAACACUUUGGAAACUGUCAGAAGGGGACUGACAAGAACUACUGAAUACUGGAAGAAAGAAAUUUGAGAGUUAUUACAACAACAGCCUUGAGAGGAUUUGCUGUGCUGACCCCAUGGGUUCACCCUACAGAGCUGGGGAUUACUCAGAGGAUAACAAGAAAAACUGGAGAAAAGAAUUAAGCAGAGAGCUUGUAGGAGCUAAUGACUUGACACUGGCCGCUCAGACCAUGAUGAAUCUCCAGUAUUCCCCCUGAGGUCAGACAGGGAAGACGAGUUCACCUGGACACGUCUCACAGGUCCUGGUGUGCCCAUGCGGUGGUCCUUGUUAGCUCUGCUGCUCCUGUUCUGCAGCCACAAUUUGGCACUGCGAGCGGGCGAUAUCUGCCCACAGGACAGCAACCAUGAGCAGACAGCUGACCCUACGCCCACAGUGGACCCCAAACUCUUCAACAAGAGGCGCUACCGGUCACCUCGUGUGUUUUUCAGCGAACAGCCCCCUGACUCAGAGCCGGAAGAACACCAGGGAUCAAAGAACAGGACGAAGAGGCGGGCAGGACAGCCACAGAAUCGUGGUGUGUACUCAGUGUGUGAGAGCAUCAGCUUCUGGGUGGGCAAUAAAACAAAAGCAACAGACAUCUCAGGCAACGAGGUAACCGUGCUGCCUGAUGUCAACAUCAAUGACGUCAAGAAAAAGCAGUACUUCUUUGAAACAGUGUGCAGCGGGGCCAGAACUGGGGGCUCUGGCUGUCUGGGAAUUGAUGUGCGCCACUGGAACUCAUACUGCACCAACUCCCACACAUUUGUGAGAGCAUUGACUUCUUUCAAGAACCUGGUGGCUUGGAGACUUAUUAGGAUCAACGUAGCCUGUGUGUGUGUGCUCAGCCGCAAGUCGUGGAGACAAUGACAGUCUGUCAUAUAAAGUUUGACUUGUAUGUUGGUCAUUAUAUGCCUGAUAUUCCAACCCAAUAACAAUAAAAUUAAAAAAAACAUAGAAUGAAAUCAUCAACAAAAAUUUUAUGAACAAGGCAUUCAUUUGAUAUGCCUUAUUACUAUCAAUCAUGCUAUGGCCUUAUGAGAGUCUAUAUCAAGCCAUAUGGUGAAAUCUGUAGCAGAACAUUAGUAUCCUAUUAUUUUUCAAGAUGGACAUGCUUAGUUUUCUUUGCUGACUACAGAGAUUACAGAGAAUGAAAAUGCUUGUUUAUGAUGACUGCAUAUGUUAUGCAUAUUUUGUUAUUGUUAUUGCUAUUGUUAUUUAUUAAAUCUGGAGCAAUAAUAUUUUUCAGUGUAUUGCGGACUUAGAAAUGAGAUUUAUUAAAUGUGAGACUGAGUUACAGUUCUAUGCUUAUUGGAUGAAAAAUAUUAUUAUGUUAUAAUACUAUAGCACAGGUGCAGUUAAGGAUUAUUUUCAAAUAUUUUCCUCAUUUAUUGGCUGAGUUUAAAAAAGAAAAAGAAAAAAGCCUCUGACCUGUGGACCUAUCCAUGGCACCAUGUGUGGGGCACAUUUCAAAAAAUGUCUGGUGUGUGCUUUAUGCUGCCUCAAAAUAUGACGAACACAUGUUAAGCGACUCUCCAGGAGAGAAAAUUAAACUUAGUUUGAGGGAAUCAGUAUGGUCAGAUCUGCCUUGCACCCUGCUCCAGAUGGUAUAUUCAAGCAUGAGGGAAGAACACAUGGAGAUUUAUUGAAAUUUUAAAAAUGUUCCAUGGCUCAGUAGAGCUAACAAAGAGGCUCAGGAACGAGCUGACCUGCCAA